AAUCCUGUCUGUGAACACAUUCACACAGUAAAGCUGCUGAUGAAACGCAGGAGGAGUUGCCAACAGGGAGGGACAUUGAAAGUGAAAGUAACAAGUCGGACUGACAGACGCCAUUUUCUCGUCGACAGAGCCGCAGCAGCAGAACAGGACUGGAGAAGAUGAAUGAUUUAACAGAUGAGGAGGAGGAGGACGGCUCAGUGUCUGCAGUCCCCAGCUGUCUGUCUGUGAAGUCUAUAGAGAUACCUCUACUCUUCAGUAAUGAACCUGGACCCUCAGACACAAAAAAGAAGAGCAAAACUCCUGUUUCUGUGGAGGAGCAGCGGUCCAGCUGUGCUUUGUGUCAGGACGUCCUGAAGGAUCCAGUCUCUACCAGCUGUGGACACUGGUUCUGCAGACAGUGCAUCGCCUCAUACUGGGACCAGUCUGCUUCAUCAGGAGACCCCCCCUGUCCCCAGUGUGGAAACAGAUCCAGAACAAGACUGCAGACAGCCAGUCAGACCAGCUGUGCACACACAGAUAGAGGUCUGCAGGAGGUUUUAGAUGAACAUAGGAUCAGUCUGAAGAGGAGAUGUGAAUGUGUGACUGAAGGAAGUGAAGAAACAGUGAGUAAAACCCUCCUCAACAGGAUCUACACUGAGCUCUACAUCACAGAGGGACUGAGUGAAGAGGUUAAUACUCAACAUGAGGUGAAGCAGCUUGAGACAGCUUCCAAGAAAAAGAUCCUCCGUGACGCUCCAAUCAAGUGCCACGACAUCUUUAAAGCCUCACCUGACCAACAGGUACACAUCAGAGUCGCUCUGACGGUCGGCGUCGCUGGCGUUGGAAAAACCUUCUCAGUGCAGAAGUUCACUCUGGACUGGGCAGAGGGUUUGGAAAACCAAGAUGUCAGUCUGGUGAUUCCGCUUUCCUUCAGGGAGCUGAACUUGAUCAAAGCUGAGCAGUACAGUCUUCUCAGGCUGCUCCAUGUUUUCCAUCCAACCUUACAGAAGGUCACAGCAGAGACGCUCGCUGUCUAUAACGUUUUGUUCAUCUUUGACGGCCUGGAUGAAAGCAGACCUUCACUGGAUUUCCACAACAAUGAGGUUGUGUCUGAUGUCACACAGCCGUCAUCAGUCAACGUGCUGUUGACAAACCUCAUCAGCGGGAAUCUGCUUCCCUCGGCUCUCGUCUGGAUAACUUCCCGACCUGCAGCAGCCAAUCAGAUCCCUCCUGCACGUGUGGACAGGGUAACAGAAGUACGAGGCUUCACUGACGUCCAGAAGGAGGAGUACUUCAGGAGGAGAUUCAGUGAUGAAGAACGGUCCGGCAGAAUCAUCUCUCACAUGAAGACAUCCAGGAGCCUCCACAUCAUGUGUCUGAUCCCCGUCUUCUGCUGGAUCACUGCUACAGUUCUGGACCACAUGUUGACUACAGACCAGAGAGGAGAGCUGCCCCAGACCCUCACUGACAUGUACUCACACUUCCUGCUGAUUCAGACCAAGAGGAAGAAGCAGAAGUAUGAUGAGGGACAUGAGACGAGUCGACAGGAGCUGACGAAGGCUGACGGGAAACUUCUUCUGAAGCUGGGGAGGCUGGCGUUUGAACAUCUGGAGAAAGGAAACAUCAUGUUCUACCAAGAAGACCUGGAGCAGUGUGGUCUUGAUGCCACGGAGGCCUUGGUGUACUCAGGAGUUUGUACAGAGAUCUUCAAAAGAGAGAGUGUGAUCUUCCAGAAAACAGUCUACUGCUUUGUUCAUCUGAGCAUUCAGGAGUUUCUGGCUGCAGUCUACCUGUUCCACUGUUACAGCAACAGGAACUACCAGAGGCUGAAGGACUUCCUGGGGAAACACUGGAAGAAGAACACCCUGGGGAAACACUGGAAGAAGUACUCAUCCCUGGAUGUCUUCUUGUCUGAAGCCAUGCAGAAAUCCCUCAGAAGUAAGAAUGGCCACCUGGACCUGUUUGUCCGCUUUCUCCACGGCCUCUCUCUGAAGUCCAACCAGAGACUCUUAGGAGGCCUGCUGGGUCAGACAGGCAACAGUCCACAAAUGAUCCAGAGAGCCAUCAACACCUUGAAGGAGAUGAGCAGUAACAAUACCUCUGCUGACAGAAGCAUCAACAUCUUCCACUGUCUGACAGAGAUGAAGGACCACUCAGUACAUCAGGAGAUCCAAGAGUUCCUGCAGUCAGAGAACAGAUCACAGAAGAAACUCUCUGAGAUCCAGUGCUCAGCUCUGGCUCACAUGCUGCAGAUGUCAGAGGAGGUUCUGGAUGAGUUGGACCUGAAGAAGUACAACACGUCAGAGGAGGGACGACGGAGACUGAUUCCAGCUGUGAGGAACUGCAGAAAGGCUGUACUUUCUAGAUGUGAAAUCUCAGAGACUGAAUGUGAAGUCGUGGCCUCAGCUCUGAAGUCCAACCCCUCCCACCUGAGAGAGCUGGAGCUGAGAGUAAUAUCACUGCAGGAUUCAGGAGUGAAGCUGCUGUCUGCUGGACUGGAGAGUCCAAACUGUAGACUGGAGACGCUGAGAUUGAGGGGCUGCAGUCCGUCAGAGAUCAGCUGGGCUUCUCUGGUCUCAGCUUUGAAGUCCAACCCCUCCCAUCUGAAAGAGCUGGACUUGGGUUACAACAACGAGCUACAUGAUUCAUCAGUGAAGCUGCUGUCUGACUUUCUGAAGAGUCCAAACUGCAGACUGGAGGCUCUCAGAUUGGGGGGCUGCAGUCUGUCAGAGAUCAGCUGGGCUUCAUUGGUCUCAGCUCUGAAGUCCAACCCCUCCCUUUUGAGAGAGCUGGACUUGUGGUACAUCAAGCUGCAGGAUUCAGGAGUGAAGCCGCUGUCUGACUUUCUGGAGAGUCCAGACUGCAGACUGGAGACUCUCAGAUUGAGGGACUGCAGUCUGUCAGAGAUCAGCUGGGCUUCUCUUGUCUCAGCUCUGAAGUCCAACCCCUCCCAUCUGAGAGAGCUGGAGCUGAGUUACAACACCAAGCUGCAGGAUUCAGGAGUGAAGCUGCUGUGUGACCUUCUGGAGAGUCCAGACUGUAGACUGGAGACUCUCAGAUUGAGGGACUACAGUCUGUCAGAGAUCAGCUGGGCUUCUCUGGCCUCAGCUCUGAAGUCCAACCCCUCCCAUCUGAGAGAGCUGGACCUGAGUGACAUCAAGCUGCAGGAUUCAGGAGUGAAGCUGCUGUCUGACUUUCUGGAGAGUCCAAACUGCAGACUGGAGACUCUCAGAUUGAUGGGCUGCAGUCUGUCAGAGAUCAGCUGGGCUUCUCUGGUCUCAGCUCUGAAGUCCAACCCCUCCCAUCUGAGAGAGUUGGAGCUGAGUUACAACAAGCUGCAGGAUUCAACAGUGAAGCUGCUGUCUGACUUUCUGGAGAGCCCAAACUGCAGACUGGAGACUCUCAGGAUCAAUGACGAGUUGAUCACAGCUGAGAAACACACAACAUAGGACUCCAUCAAACUGGAUGUGUGAACAAACCUGCCCGAGGAAGACAGCAAGGUGAAAGAGGAGCAGCUGCACAGUGUGAAGUAUAUUUAUGGAGCUUCACCACAGAAUCAAAUGUAGUUAUUGGUAAUUGUUUGCCUGGGACCGACCUGCAGGCUCAGCUUGUAUUAGCUCAGAUCAACUGGUCCUCCUGCUGGAGAGACGAGUGGAAGAUGGAACAAUUAAUACCUAAAGAUUUGCUAAAAUUGCUAAAUGCCUUGUGGUGGCUUAACCACAGCUACAGGUGGCUUCAUAGAAGACAUCUGAUACGUGCCGACUGUUUCUAUAUAUAAUAGUAAUUAACUUUGGUCACUUAAAUUGAUUUCUUAAAGCUUUAACAAAGGGCAUCAACCUGUUAACCUUUCAUAAGAGAUAUCUUGCUGAAGUUCUGAUGUACAGUUGUACUUGUUUACAUUUAAUCAGUGUUCAUGGUUUUUGAUACUAAUUUUUAUACUUUUAUACCUUGAUUAAAGUACUAUACGCAUUACUAUGCAUGAUGUUAUAUUCUUAUACUUUUGAUCAGAAUUAUAUGCAUGUCCAUGAUUAAAA